AUGACUUGCCUCAUAGAUCCUCUUUGGUCCACAGACAAUUGUCUUAGAAGAGAGGGAAGAGCUCUCAAAUAUUGUGUCAAUUGAGGAACUCCAGGGAACAAUGGCAUACGGAUCUGAGCUAGAAAAUUUGGAUGAAGAUGGAUAUACGCAGUUACAGUUCAGCUCCAGAGGCAUCACCAAGAUACCUGUGUCCUCAGAGAAAGGACCUUGUGCUGCAUCUCUUCCUUGGCGUUCCAUUGCUGUGACUUUGGGAAUCCUAUGCUUGGUAAUACUGGUGAUAGCUAUAGUCCUGGGUACUAUGGGUAUUUGGAGAUCCAAUUCAGGAAGCAACUCAUUGAAGAAUGACAAUUUUCCAUCAAGAAAACCCACACAAUCAUCUUUAGAAGAGAGUGUGGAUUCUCCCAAGGCUCUCACAACCACAGGAGUUCUUUCCAGCUCUUGUCCCCCUAACUGGAUUGCACACGAGAAUAGCUGUUACCUAUUUGGCACAUCAUUGAAUUCCUGGAAUGGAAGUAAAAGACAGUGCUCUCAACUGGACUCUUAUCUCCUGAAGAUAGAUAGUUCAAAAGAACUGGAAUUUAUAGUAAAGCAAGUGUCUUCCCAACCUGUUAAGUCAUUUUGGAUAGGGCUCUCUCGCCCUCAGGCUGAAGGACCAUGGCUCUGGGAGGAUGGUUCAAAGUUCUCUCCUAACUUGUUUGAAAUCAGAAGCACAGUUACACAGGAAAACUCAUCCCACAAUUGUGUGUGGAUUCAUGUGCCAAUAAUUUAUGACCAGCUUUGUAGUGUGCCCUCAUAUGGUAUUUGUGAGAAGAAGUUGUCGAUAUAAUGAUGUGGGUGUUGACAUGGAGGAGCAGAGUGAAAUAUAUAAGACUAGAGACCCAGUGCAUGAAAUUAUGCAUGGUUAGGGUCCCUAGGCCUAGCCUGCAAAUACCCUAGCCAUCUUUCACUCACUUGCCAGUCCCCAGUCCCGCCCCUCUGCCACCCUCCCCGGUUCCCCGUGGUUCCUUGUUGACCAUCCAGCAAUUGGAGCCUGUGGAUUGGGGAAAGGGACUGAGAAGUGGUCAAUGCACCUCAUAGCAACUGGUCGAUCGGUCAUUCCAGUCAUUACACUGUUAUGGUUGCUGGUCUUUUAUUAUAUAGGAUAGUAAGGAGGGGAGAAAACAAAACACAAAUGAGAGGUAUUUGAGCUCAAAAUAAAUGCUGGAAAUAUCAAAAGAGCUCAGCCAACUUUAAUCUUAGCUGAGAGACAGGAAGGAGACUGUGAUUUCUAUAUGUUAACUCAAUUGGUAAUCCAGUAUUAUGUUCUAAUGGAGCUAGUAUAGCAUAACUUGAAUUUUUAUUCUAUAAUUGACCUGGCAUUUACUUGGGAUUAAUCAGAAUUCCUUGGUGUUUCAGGAGAUCUUAACUUCUGGCUAUAACAAAGUAAUUCUUACCUUAAAAAGUGCCAUGGGGUGUUCCUGCGAUUUGUUCCUCCACAUUUAGCAGUGCAUUAUCAGAAACAUGUCGAAGGCACAAUAUAAUUCUGAAUAGCUAAAUAAAAAAAUAAAAAAAUAGCUUCACUAUAAUCAGAGCUAUUUUUUUUUUAUUUUGUUCAUCAAUAUGAUGAUAAUUGUGACCAAACACUUCCAUAAAAAGCAGGAAUUCUAUCUUUUUUCCCCUUUUCAAUUAAAUAGCCCAGAAAAUAUGUCUGCCACAUCUCUAAUUACUAAGAUCUCCUGUAAUGUGUAAUUGUAGGGGAACUGCUCUUAAAAGAAAGCUUUCUCCAUUUUUGGUUAUUUAGUCACAUUUUUAAAAUUUUAAUACUUUUAUUUUUCAAUUACAGUUGACAAUCAAUAUUAUUUUAUAUUAGUUUCAGGUGUACACCAUGGUGGUUAAAUAUUUAUAUGCUUUACCAAAUGAUACCACUGGUAAUCCUAUACCCACCUGGAGCCAUACAUAGUUAUUACAAUAUUAUUGACUCUAUUUCCUAUUCUGUACUCUACAUCUCCAGGAUUAUUUUGUAAUUAUCAAUUUGUACUUACUAAUCUUUCACCUUUUUCACCCAGCCCUCCACUCCCCUUCUCAGUCUGUUCUCUGUAUGUAUGAGCCUGUUUCUGUUUUGUUUGUUUAU